UAAUAUUGAGCCCUCUACACCUAUACGUGUGGGGCUUUUAAAUUGCUGAGAGAGAUUGUGUAUGCAAAAAUACGAAUCGGUAUCGGUUAAAUCUGAGUUAAUUCAAAAUGGUUUUUGGAAUUGUGUUAGUAUUAGUUCCAGUUGUUGUUGUUCUAGGUCUAGUCAGAAAGUACAGAGAAUCCAGUUGGGGAAAAUGCAAGGAUUUCGAAUCUUUACAGGGUAGAGUUUUUAUAGUUACUGGGGCUAAUUCUGGCCUUGGAAAGGAAACUGUGAAAGGAUUGGCAACCAGAAAGGCUAGAAUUAUCAUGGCCUGUAGAGAUAUGGAUAGAGCUAAAGCAACGAUUGAGGACAUCAGAAAAGUAGUUACAACUGGAGAGUUGAUUCCCAUGGAAGUUGAUUUGACAUCCCUAAAGUCAGUUAAACUGUUUGCUGAAGAAGUCCUGAAGGACUUCCCUCAAAUACAUGCCCUAAUCAAUAACGCAGGAGUGAGCAUUCCCGUCACGAAGCAGCAGAAAACUCAAGACGGAUUUGAAAUUCACUUUGGAGUCAAUCAUCUUAGCCAUUUCUUGUUGACCAAUCUCCUCCUGGAUAGGUUGAAAAAGUCAGCACCAAGCCGAGUUGUGAUCGUGUCGUCCACCUUGCACCAGAACGGAGUGAUUGACUUUGACAACCUGAAUGGUGAGAAGGGUUUCACUGGCAAGGUGAGGAACCCCGGUUACUGCAACAGUAAACUCGCCAACGUCUACCACUGCGAGGAACUGGCCCGCCGCACAACGGGCACAGGUGUGGACGUGUUUGCCGUCUGCCCAGGCUUCUGCUACACUCGACUGUUCCGUCACUCGGACAUUCGGUGGUAUCAGUACGUCAUAUUUCUGCCCAUCGCGUUUUUCUUCAUGCGCUCUGCCACACAGGGCUGUCAGACGAUCCUGCACUGUGCUGUGUCUGAAAGUCUGAAGGGCACGUCAGGACAGUUUUACAGGGAUUGUAAACCGUACAAGUCCACGCAUGCCACAAAGCCUGAGGUUGGGCUCAAGCUCUGGGAAGUCAGUGAACAGUUGGUUUCAAAUAAAUUGAAGGAAUCUUAAAUGCAUUUUAAAUCUUAAACAUAGGAUUAGUUUUUACGUUUAGAUUACUUAAAGCAGGUAGAGAACGUCCAGAGCAAUAGCUUUGGUGUUGAAUUGAGUGAAUUGAUUUUAAAUGUAUGGUCAAAUGAUUUAUUACAAAUGCACAGUUUGAAAUAGGAAAUGUGAAAUAUGCUAUAAUUCCCACCACCUGUGAAAUGUCACAGAUCGUUAGUUAGUUUUUUAUGUUUAACGAUAGUAAACUGACCAUGUAACUAGAACUCGUACUGUCAGACAUAUUUCCUGUACAGUACACAAGUCCCCAAUAUACAUCACAUGGACAGUAUAAAAUGAAAGUGUACACAUUUUAAUAUCAAUCAUUUAAUGUACAGUAGGUAUGUACUUAUGUGCAAUGUCUUUCCAUUUUCAAAUGAUUUGUAUAAGUUUAAAGGAUUUUAUUGUUUAUUUUAACUAGCUCUCACUGUCACAACAAUCAGUUUCCUAAUUAUUUGAAGAUUCCCUUUCGUGUGUUGUAUUUAUGUAUUGUACAAUACAUAGUGAGUCUCCCGCUUUUUUACACAGUGAGUCAUCCUGUACAUUUUCUGUACAGAAUCAUCCUUUUUUUCCGAUAAUUCUAUAGACCUGAUUCAAUUACAGGGCUGAAUUUUACCAAUGUAAAUAUUUUAUAGAGAACAUAAACUUCAAGCAGACCUGAUUUUCCUUCCUGUGUGUUGUAGUUUUAAAUAAGUCAUAUCAAAGCAAUAACGAAGGUUACAGGACUUUUUAAAAAUUUGCCAUCAUUAGAGAUAAACAAAAUCAGUAACAAGAAAUGUGGGUUAGCUAUCCACCUGAGGAAGAGAUCAGAUCGCAGAUAUUGAAAUGUAGUGUUACUGAUUUAUUGUUUCACUGAAGAACGACAAAUGUACAACAAAAUCUUAUUACUUUCAAAUCCUUUCGUUGUUAAAAAGGAAUUUAAACAAUAAAAAAGCCAAUAAUGGUUUGAACAAUUAAUAUGUCCAAUCAUCUUUUUGGUAGAAUAUAAUGCAUUAACCAGGAGAAGAGCUAAACUCAUAGUAAAACAUCUAUAAGAGCUAUCCAGUGUUGAUCCCAUGCAAGUAUCGAGGUCUCUAGAACUGGUAAACUGGGAUUUUUCCUAGUAUAGGUAAGUGUCCAAUAAACCUGUCAGGUCACACUGCUUUAUUUUACAUGGAAAUAAAUAACUUGAAGUAAGGACUCAUGGAUAUGUAAAAAAUUUUACAAAAAUGUUUGAUCUCAUUCUCUCUAGAUGCAAUGUAAUAAGAUUAAAUUACAUUAUUAUAUCAUUGGAUGUUAUUAUAUUAAAAUCAUUCCGAUCACAGUAAA